GUGGUUAGUUCAUCGGUGAGGUUUGAGAGAGAUUAAAUUCACUACACACAAAAAAAAAAAAUUGAGCGUCCAAAAGAAAAAAAUUGGUAGAUAACAGCAAAUCGUUUUUCUCAUCUUGAUCCUGAAUUUUUAUAUUUUUUUCUUCAAAUUCCCCCCUAUUUCUGUUUGUUCCCUCUUCUUUGAUCCGUUUCUGUGAAUCACCUGUCUUUUACAAAAAAUCAAAGCUUUAUGAAACUGUGUUUUUUUCUUUGUUUCGAUUUAAAAGGCAGGUUUUCUCAGAACGUGAUCUUUUUUUCUUCUUUCUUCUGAUUUUUUUUACCUUUUUUUAGAAUUUUUAGUUCUUCGAGGGUUUAAUUUUUUUUAUAAUUCCCUCUUUUAGGAUCUACACAAAGGUUGCUUAUUUCAAACCUUUUAGAUCCAUUUUUUAUUUUAAUUUUCUUCGGAAAAAUCCCCCUGUUUCUUUACUUUUGAUAAGAUUCAGGUUUCAUUUUUUCGACUUCAAAUCUUUAUUUCUAGAAAUGGCAGCUGCUAUGAAUUUGUACAGUAGUAGCAGAACGUUUCAAGAUUCGUUUGGUGGUGAACUCAUGGACGCGCUUGUACCUUUUAUCAAAAGCGUUUCGGAUGAUUCACCUACUCCUUCUUCUUCUUCUUCUUCUGCGUUUCUUCACCCCGCAGCGUCUUCUGCGUCUGCGUUUUCUCUCCCUCCUUUCCCCGGUUAUUACCCGGUUCACGAAGACUCUUCAUUCUUGACCCAACCUUUUUCAUACGGGUCGGAUCUUCUUCUUCAACAAACCGGGUCAUCAUCAUCAUCAUCACUAAUCGGACUCAACAACCUCUCUUCUUCUCAAAUCCACCAGAUCCAGUCUCAGAUCCAUCAUCCCACGCAUCACACCAACACUUUCUCCAACCUCCUCAGCCCGAAGCCGUUAAUGAUGAAACAAUCCGGAGUCGCCGGAUCUUGUUUCGCUUACGGCUCAGGUGGUGUUCUUCCUCCUAAGCCGACGAAGCUUUACAGAGGUGUGAGGCAACGUCACUGGGGUAAAUGGGUGGCUGAGAUCCGUCUUCCAAGGAAUCGUACUCGUCUUUGGCUUGGAACCUUUGACACGGCGGAGGAAGCUGCGUUGGCCUAUGACAAGGCUGCGUAUAAGCUGCGCGGCGAUUUCGCCCGGCUUAACUUCCCUAACCUGCGUCAUAACGGAUCUCACAUCGGAGGCGAUUUCGGUGAGUACAAACCUCUUCACUCCUCAGUCGACGCUAAGCUUGAAGCGAUCUGUAAAAGCAUGGCGGAGACUCAGAAACAGGACAAAUCGACGACGAAGUCAUCGUCGAAGAAACGUGGUUCAUCCGUGAAGCCUGAGAAGGUGGUUUCGUUGUCGCCGUCGGAGAAGGUUAAGUCCGAGGAGAAAUCUCCCUCGAUCGCCGGAUCUCCUCCGUUUGAAGAGUCUGCCGCGGGAUCUUCGCCGUUGUCGGACUUGACGUUCGCUGACCCGGAGGAGCCGCCGCAGUGGAACGAGACGUUCUCGUUAGAGAAGUAUCCGUCGUACGAGAUCGAUUGGGAUUCGAUUCUAGCUUAGUGGUGGGGGCAAAAUAGGAAUUUCAGCCGCUUGCAAUGGAGUUUUUGUGAAAUUGCAUGACUGGCCCUUUUUAUUAUUAGAGAGAGUAUUUAAUUAUGGUUUAGGGCUUUUAAGUUUUUCGUAUUUGUUAAUAUUUUCGGUAUUAUUAUGGUUUGUUGUAUUAAGGAACUCUCUCUGUGUCGGUCGAGCUUGCGGUUUUUUGUCAAGCUCUCGACCAUGCCACAGAUUUCCAUUUCAUGUGUAAUCUUUUGUAUUUUAUGUAAUCUUUUUUUUAUCUUAAUGAACUUUAUUUUUAGUUUUUGUAA